AUGCUCAGGAAAGAUGAACAAAACGUGUACCAACAACUCACUCUGGGCCACUCUGACCAAGAUAUCACAAAUUUUCCGUCCGGUGACGCAGCUUUCACUUCCCCACAGCCAAAACAGCCUAGCAUAAAUAUAAAUCAUUUUGAACAUCAAAAACAAUCGCAAAACGUAAAUAUUAAAGACAAUUAUAUGACGAGUAAGUCCAAAGAUAGGACUAAAAAUGAUGAUGAUUUUGAUGUAAAUGAAUAUUUCGCAAGAUUGCAAGGCACUAGAUAUGUGAGCGCGCCGAUUAAUAGUAAUCUAAAAGAGGACCAGAACGCUAAUCUUCAGGCUGAAGAGAAUCUGGAGGAAAUAAACCUGAAUGAACCAGAUAAAACUCAGGUCCAAGAAGAUUUCCAGAAUAGCCUAACAGCGGAUAUAGCGCAAAACUUCUCCCAACUACCGACAGUGCUGCCUCAAGUCGCGAGCGCAGUCUUCAGUUCGUUCUCGAAUAUGUUAAGCUUGAAGAAUAAAGAACAGAUAUCUGAUGAUUGUAAGAAUUAUCAACACGCACAACUUCAGGAUAUGACGGUCUCUCCACCAGGGUCUGAACCUUUGGCACCGAGUGCGCCUCCGCUGAUGGAACCGCCAAUAACAAGUAACACAUCAAGUUACCGAAUCACGACUAAGAAGAAGGUGUACGCACAGAUACCUGGCAUAAUCUCUAGUGAUAAUAAUGUACACACGUUUAAUUUGCCAGCUGUUGGUCAAACGACAAGCUAUUUCACACCAGACAUGAGUGUCAAUGAUAGGAAAGAAGAGAAUGUUGCAGAAGUAGAGAUUAUAGAUAGGAAAGAAGAAGCUUACGAUAUGUUCAAUAAAAAUGCUCUUCAAACGGAACAAUUCUCUCAAAGUGUGAUGUCUGACCAGCAACAAGGAAUGAACGUUAAUGUUUUCCAUCAGGAGAUGCCUAGUCAACAGCAAGAAAAUAUCUAUAAUCAGAGUCAAAAAACUGCGUCUUCUCACACAGAAGCGUUAGGUCAAACGAAAGAGAUAGAUAUGCAGGAAAAUUUAAAAGACACCCUAAAUAGCUCGUUUAACAAAUUUAUUCCAAUAUCCCAGGAACCGUCCGCAAUAAUUCCACCACCUCCAAUGUUUAGUAGCUUACCGCGGAGAGACAGUCAAUCAUCAGGGAAGUCUGUGCUACCACCGUCAGUAGCGAGGCGUAUAGGCGCGCAUCAGCCAGUAAUCAAGAAUCAAACCUCAAACAUUCCCUUGCCUGAUAAUAUUUUUAUCCCAACUAUGUCUAAUAUUGGUUCAUCAGAUGCAAGUAAAGCACCACAGACCAAUUUAACGCAAUAUCCUCAACAAGAUUCUAUUUACAAUCCUCCAAUAGUCCAAACAAAAGAUUCUGGAGUUUCCAACCCUUAUAUGCAAACAAUAGGAAGUUUUCCUUCGCAGGACGCUGUUAAUACGUCAUUAUUCACACAACCAACCAAUACAGUGGAAGUUCCACUUCGACAAAAUAGUUCUAUUGAGUCAAAAGUGGGGUCAGAGGACAAGAAACUUUCUAAUAUAUUUACUCCAUACUCAGAAGCUACUAAACCCGUAAAUAUAGUUAACCAAAAUGUAAAUCAACCUGAAAAGACUGAACAAGCUUUACCUCCACUAUUCUUCAGCCCCGCAAAUGUAUCGCAAACAACGUUUAAUUCUCCACCACAAGAAAGCCAAACCGGGUCUAUUGCACAAAGUACAGUACCUCAAUUUCACAGCACGCCUACAGUCCCAGAGCCACCAAAAGUUAUUCCAGAACCACCAAAAGUAUCUGGCAAUUUAAACUAUAGAAUGACCAAAAAGAGACCUCAGUAUUAUUCUGGUCCAAUAGAAGGAUUUGGGAGCAUUAGUAAUAACAUAAAACCAACUAUACAGCCAGUUGAAACGAAUGCUUUUUCGGGGUCAUUAUUCCAGAAUGAACCCAUGCAAUCAGUUCCCCCAUUGUCUGUGGAUUAUAAUGCACCAGUCAUGCAAAACCCGUCAUAUGACAUGAAUAGCUCAAUAAAUUUAGCAGGCCAGUCAAUGGUUGAUCCAUAUUUACCACAAGGAAAAACUCACCAACAAAUUGAUUAUAAUACCGCAUUCGAUUUAAGCAGACCGACCACAGAAAGUUAUGAACAACCCCCGCCCUCAGAACCGAAAGGAUUCGGUAUCAUCGGAUCAUUAAAAUCUAAACUCAGCUCAAUAGAUAUCAAUAAAAUACAAAACACGGUAACGACGUUCUUCGACCCAGCUUACAACGAAUCCAAAAUUGAUCAAAACAACGCAACAGAAUCGAGUUUCCAUUCAAUCUCUGGGAAUUAUCAGAAUUUUCCACAGCACGAAAGCGCUGCUCUAGAAGUAUUUGUACCGAAUAUAGAAAACCAAUAUCAUCAGUCAAAUCCGUACAAUUACCAGCUACAGACCCAUCAGCUGUACAACAAUCAACAGUAUUAUCCCAAACAGGAGUAUUUCAAUCCACCCCAGGGUUAUUCAAACGAUUUCUAUUCUAACUAUCCGUCCAACACUAACUUAUCAACAACAGAUGCUUAUAUACCAGCAACUCCGUUUAAUAAUGACAACACUCAGUCAACAAAUGUUCAACCAUUAAGAGAUACUACACUACUAAGUCAUGAAUAUAUUCAACCUGAUAGAAAUUCUCAAGAAAAGGAAAAACAGGCAGCUAUUGAUGAUACACAACAAGUGGAAACUGCCAAAAGCGCACUUGAUGAAUUCGGAAUAACAGACGACGUUGAACAAAGUGAAAAUGUAAAUAAUUUGAAUCCGGUAAAGAUAAAUGAAGAAUGCGAUGUCGUUGAGGGAAUACCAGUAACUGAUUCCUUUGAAAACAAUUACGGUUUUCCUGAUAAAGUUAUACAACCACCACAAAAGUUAUGCAAGGAUAUUAAAUCUUUUAGCGUGACUAAAGAUGAUAAAACUUCGACGUCUAACACUGAUAUAAUAAAGGAGUUACAAUCCGUGGCGGAUUCUACCUUGAAGAAAGUCUUCGACUGCCAAACGCCUGUUGUAGUAGAAUCUGCUCUCGAAAAUGAUAAUAAUAUAACAUUAGCAGCGCCUAAAGCUACUGUGGAUCCAUUGAAAUCCUUUUUCGACUACCCACAUUCAAUAUGCCCACUGACUACUUCUAAGAAAGAUAAUAUAGAAUUGACUGAUUGUAACCUAUUGGCAAAUGACUCCUUGAAAUGCUUCUUCGAUUCUCCAGCUCCAACAUCUAAUCAUGGUUUGGAAUUAAAGAAUGAAUUUAUUAUCCAAAAUACACAAAGCGUAAUAAAUACUGGACAUGCUAUGCAAGGGAUUUCGGAAUCAGCUGAUUUCAAAGGCUUACCUACGGUAUUAAAGACUAAGAGUGAAAAUCUUCAAGCUCCUGCUCCUUCUACUGUUCAAAAUACUCUAAAUGAGACUCCACUAUUUUCAUUAUUUGACCAACCACAGCUGUUACCUCCUGUCCCGUCAUUCGAUUUAUCAAAAAUAUCCUCUUCAUCACUACCAGUAACAAACAAUGAAACAUCUGCUAUACAAAACAUAGAAAAUAAAAUGGAUAAUAUAUCUCUAUACGAUAACGUUGAUAAUAUGGUGAAGUUUGAACGAAGAUCGAGUUUCUUUGAUAAAACAAUGCCAAUAGAAAAUGAUAUAAAACCGCUCGAUAGUCAACCGACUGAUCUCAAUAUUUGUGAAACAAGCAGAGUGUUCAGUAAACCCGAGGAUAAGGAAGCAGAUUUAACCACACAGUUAAUUGAAAACAUCACCGCGCCAAUACAGUUAGCAAAUCCGGUUGACUUUCCGACUGCUGUAGGCGCAGCAGUCGUUACUACCGUUCCCGAUAUAUCAAAUUUCUCGAAUCAAUUUGCAGAAAUAUCUCACAUACCCGAAGAUAUUAUAGAAACUAUGAAACAACCUCCCUCCGUCGAGCUUAAAGAUAAUUUCCCCGCCGCAAUUAACUUUGGAUGGUCAGUGGGUGAAACGAAUCCAUCUAUCGGAUUCUAUGGCGACAAUUCGUUGUUUUUUGAAAAUGUACCUGCUAACGCUAGUGAUGAAAUCAAAGCAGAGUAUAAAAUUUCCCAAGACGAUGCUGUAGUUCUUCCACGUCAGUUGAGUAUACCCACAGCACCACCGGAGGAAGAUAACAAUUCUGAUGAGAGCGGACUCGAUGUCCAUUCUAUUGAACAAGACGCUAAAAAGGAUUUUCCGAUAUACGAAGAGUUUGUUAUUGAACCGUCAGAGACAGAUGAUGAUAAAAUUGAAUAUAAAGAAAGAGAGAAACUGUCAGAAGAAACUCCACAAGAGGUCGACACGUUUACGAAUAGAGUGGAGAGAUUUAAGCAAAUGGAAACGUCCACGGAUGUAAUUGAUGAUAAUGAGCUACAGAAAACUGUUAAACCUAUAACUUUAGCCACAUCUACCAGUCCAGCAGUGACGAUCGCGUCUUAUUUCGAUACCGGUAACUACGCGGUUGAGAAUCAUUACAAAAAUUCCCUAACCUCACCAACGGCGAUAGCAUUCAACGCUAAUAUCAACCUAACAUCGACCAUUCCACCAGGAUUUGAAGAUGAAUUCAACAAAAACCUAGCAGGAAUAUCAUCCAUGGAACCACCAGUUGAUUUUAAGAUCGGAAACAUAGUUCACGUGCCAGAAACAUCCACUCAAACUUCUUUAACGAUUUCGCAAACUUUUUCGCAAGCAAGCAGCGCUCCAUUAAACGUUGUUACGACACAAAUUGUAACGAUGAGUUCUUUUGUUCAAGAAACUGCAGCAACUAAACCUGACAGAUUGCCAGCUUUUUCAAGUAUUAUUGAACCAAAAAGUGAAAUUUCCGACGAUGUACCCUCAGUAUUCGAUAAACAAACCGAAGACACUACGCCUGCUGCUAAUACGUUGUCGGAUUCUUCAAAUUUAUUUUCAAACACUGAAACUUCUUCUAACGCAGACGUUUACAGCAAUUUCAGUCGUCUCUCUAGCUAUUUCUCAUCUCCACCUCAGCCAGAUCACUCGAAGUCUUUUUUUGAGUUAAGCCAAUCCCAAAACCAUUACAGGCACAAACCCGAACAUUUCGAUACCAUUCAAAGUAAUGUCAAAAAUUUCUUCCAAUCAGAUCCCAAUAAAGUGAAAAACAUUCCACAAAAUUCAUCAAAUAUGAAUCUAGUUCGCGAUUUAGCCUCAUAUAAAAGUUUCACCCCAAACGAUGUAGUUAAGACAGUCAACUAUUUCACAGUCGAAUACGAUAUUGACACAAUAAAAGUCGGCGAACCGAAAUCAUCUAUAGAUUUAAACGAAAAACACAUUGAAAGCGAUUACGACCAACCCAAUGAACUAGGUAACACUGACGGCGCAAGUCUUAACAUAGUCGAUAUUAUAAAGAAUUGCAAAUAUUGCUGUGACACAAUCAAAAUAGACUUAAAUUGCAAUUAUUCCAAAAUAAGAACCUGUAUGGACACAUCCGAUAGCAAGAAAGGAGAUGCGAAUAUGGAAACCAAAAAAGAUGAUAUAAAAAAAUCUGUCACUAUAAAUUUUUGUGACCCUUCAUACAAUGACACUAACGAAAGUGUCGUUGUAUCAUCAGAGAAUCGGAGUUCGUCAGAGUAUUCGCCGGUCAAGCAUCACUGGUUCUAUCGAGUCGACUGCGAGGGUAAAUCUAUUUGGCGCGGCUUCUCAGUCGCUGAUUCGAGAGCAUUGGAAAACGCGUUUAUAAGUCCUGAUCUAAACGAAAAUACAGUUGUAGCAACAGACGGGGGUAGAUUUGACGUGAACGUAGUCGGACGACUUAGGAUUCCAGUGUACUGGUCGGAAAAACCGACAAACGUUAUGAGAUGUAGCUGGUUUUACAAAGGAAACAUCGAUGCGAGAUACGUUCCGUAUGCUGAGUCGGUUGCUGAGAAAUUAGAGGAAGAAUACCACCACGGUAUUACAACGGGAGAGUGGCACAGACGUCUAAUGUUGCCGAACAACGAAAUGGUAGUGAUGCACGGCCCAGCGGUUAUGGUACACUUCCUGCAGACGAGCCCCACGGACGCGUUUAGCUCCACACCGAAAACUAUGUUAUUCUGUGAUUUAGUCGAAUAUUACCUACGUUACCUGAUAUUCCCCGAAUUACCUGUCACUCCCCAGCUGUUUACCUUUGGUAAGCGCGUGUACAGAAACCCACCAAAAAUUAAAGUAGCCGGUGAUCAACUCAACAAAAUAGAUCAUCUCAUCUUCCUUGUACACGGCGCUGGUGAAUAUAGAAAUCAGAAGGAGAAAAUUCAAUCAACAAUGCGCCCUCGUGUGGUUCGAAGAGGUUGUGUUGAAUCUGAAAUCGAGGAUACAGAGCCAUCUAGUAUAGAUCACCUCCUGCUGUUGUGUCAUGGCGUCGGAUCCGCUUGCGACAUGCGUUUCCGGUCAGUGGAGGAAGUCGUGGACGACUUCCGAACAACAAGUCUUCAACUGAUUCAGUCACAUUAUAAGAACUCAUAUGACAGUGGCAUCAUUGGGAGAGUGGAGGUAUUGCCAAUAUCCUGGCAUUCAAGUCUACAUUCAGGUGAAACUGGCGUUGAUAGAAGACUAGCUGCUGUUACCCUCGAGAGUAUACCGCGACUGAGGAACUUCACCAAUGACACUAUACUGGACGUAUUGUUCUAUACCAGCCCGGUUUACUGUCAGACUAUAGUCGACACUGUUUGCAGUGAACUGAACAGAAUAUAUAAGUUGUUUAAGUCAAGGAACCCUGACUUCAAGGGAGGCGUUUCGUUGGGAGGUCAUUCCCUGGGUAGUGUUAUUCUAUACGAUCUGCUAUGUCAUCAGACGGCUAAGGAAUUGGAAAGUAAUUCCAGUAAGCAGUACGUCCAAGGCUGUGCUGGUACAGGUCAACCGAGUGUUAAAUAUCCGCGGCUAGUUUUUUAUCCAGAUGCCUUAUAUGCACUUGGGAGCCCCAUAGCUAUAUUUGAAUGUAUAAGAGGUGUGGAGACAUUAGGAAAGGAUUUCUGUCUGCCGACUUGCAAGAAUUUUUUCAACAUUUUCCAUCCCUACGAUCCGAUAGCGUACAGGUUAGAGCCGAUGAUAAAUCCUUCAUUAAGGAACGUUAAGCCUUACCUGAUUCCACAUCAUAAAGGAAGGAAAAGAAUGCAUUUAGAAUUGAAGGAUACAAUGGCGAGAGUGGGUGCGGAUAUUAAACAGAAGCUGAUUGAAUCUAUACGGAAUACUUGGACCAGUAUGUGGAGGAAGGAGACCGGGCAGGUGGAGGUUGUACAAGAGGACCCCGAGAAAGAAGAACUGACUUCAGAUGCUAAAGAAGAAAAUAAUCAAUAUGAGGCCACUCCUGAUGAGUUGGGUCAGUUGAACGGCGGCCGGCGCGUGGACCACGUGCUGCAAGAAGCGCCCUUCGAGAUAUUCAACGAGUAUCUGUUCGCUAUGACCAGCCAUGUGUGCUACUGGGAAUCCGAAGACACUAUGCUAGUAAUGCUCCGUGAGAUAUACAACGCACUGGGAGUGACGCCCGACUGUAGCCUGCCGCAGAAUACUAUGACCGUGGAGAGGAGCCGGCUUACGGAAGAUCAAGAUGUCAAGAGUGAUAUGUCUCCCGGUGAGUAG